CUUCUGUUGAACCGAUAAUCUUGUAUAAUACGGAAUGACAGGGAGGAGGAAAAAGUAUACAAAUAUUGACUUCCUAUAUCAGUUUAACACGAGCGAAUAAGACAAUCAUUGACAAUUUGACUUAGUUUGAAAACAACGUUGUGUUACGAUUUUUCCAGCAAACAACAUAGUUAUGAAAUAGGUUUAAUGCCCUCUUAUAAAAGUCUGCACUGAAUGACAAGACCCCUGGCGGACUAUUAUCUCUGUAGAAGAAUCAUUAGACUGUUUUGAAAGAGACAGAAAAUGCGCACGUAACAGUGCAAAUCUACAGCUUUGAAGAGCGCUAAUCUAGCGGAACCCGAAAUGGGCCCCGGGAACAACAGUCAGGCAAGAUCCUCAGAGAGCACACAGAAAGGUUUGUUGGACGACUACACACUCGCUGUCCUCUCACUGAUUCUGUACGUGUUUGCUAUCGGGAUCGUCAGCGUUUGCGGCCUCAUCUGCAACGUCAUCAACAUCAUAGUUUUCUGUAAGCAGGGCUUCAAAGAUACCGUAAACAUCACAUUGUUCGGGCUGACCAUUUCGGAUAUGGGAUGUGCCAUCACUCUGUUUUGGGGGAGCGUGUGUUUUAACCCUCUGUUUAUCGAAGCCGACCUGCCCAUGGUGUACCAAGACAUAAUCUAUCUCACGUCAGGAUGGCCUCUUGUGUGUUUUGCGCGUAUCUCCAGUUGGAUCACAGCUUUUGUUACAUUCGAGAGGUGUCUCUGCAUUACUGUGCCCCUGAAGGUGAAGAUGAUUCUGACGCCGAGGAGAACAGUCUUCGUAGUUGUGGGAAUUUACUUGGGCAUAAUUCUUUGCGUAGUGCCACUGUAUUAUGCAAUGGGACUGGGUCCAAGACAUUUUCCGGAGAGAAAUGUAACGAUAAUUGGAUCGGUUUACAAUGAAAACGGUCCUUUCUAUGAGGGAGUAGCUCUUACGCUUAGCGCGUUUUCCCAACUGGCUUCGUUUUUUGCCGUUAUCAUCUGUACUGGGAUUCUGGUCCACAAUUUUCUCUUGAAAUCAAAAUGGCGGCAGUCGGCUUCAAGCGCCACAAGACAGGAAUUUUUAACAAACAGAGACAAGAAAGUUGUCAAGAUGAUUCUCUUCAUUUCAAGUUUAUUCAUCGUGUUUUUCUCACCGACGGCUGCUAAUACGUUUGUCAUGAUGAUCAGUUCGGAGUACCGCACGGGAGGCAGAUACCAAAAUGUUUAUCUCCUCAACUGGGCCAUUUCUUGUUUGCUUGUGGGGACAAACUCGACGGUGAAUAUCUUUGUCUACUACAGCAUGAGCUCAAAGUACAGGAAAAUUCUUGACGAAAUGCUCAAAAGAAAGGAAGGGAACAGAGGGCCUUCGGAGAGGAAGGCUGUACGCUGUAUCCAAUCUUUGUGAACGUUAUAUAUGCAUUGUCACAAUAUUAUGAUAGCUCAAAUACAGCUUUCUGUUCUAU